UUUAUUGCAAAAAUUGUGCUGCUAUUAAUUAUCGGAAGGAACCUUCCCUGCUCAAUGCGAAAAAUUAUAUUGUUGGCAAGAAAUUACGCGGGGAAUUUUACGGAAAUGUGAGGGAAAGUGCUAGAAGAGGAAGCCAUGGUAGCCGAUAAGCUUUGAUUAGGCAAAACAAAAGGCGCGGCAGCCAUAUACGGGGCAUGGGCCCGCAAAAGGCUAAGCCAAAACGUGUUGGCGUGCAUGCAGCCUCCGCUGUCCGGCGCGCCCGUCACCCUCGCCCCUUCCGACACGUCCCCCCCUCCACGCGUCCCUGUCCACCCGUCUCCCUCCCCGGCCGUAUAUACGCCCCCGGCGCCGCUCCCCGUCCUCUCCUUCUGUCCUCCGAACCAUCGCGACGAGAGCAAUAAUAGCAGCUCCAAUGGUGGCCGAGGCCAUGGGCGUCUGAGCCGCGCGCCGAGGCCUGCGGGCGCCAUUGAUGAGAGCAGCUGCAGCACCCUUCACGGCCGGACGCGAUGUCCGUUGUGGCUGCGGCGGCCGCCGUGGGCCCCGCGCCGGUGGCUCCGUCCCCGGCGGCACCGUACGGGAUGUGCGGCGGCGGCGGCGGCGGGGCGAGGAAGAGGAAGGACGUCGUGCACUACCAGGAGGAGGAGGAGGAGGAGGCGGCGGCGGCGGUGCAAGGGGGGCGGCUUGGCGGUGAGGGCCACGGGCUGUUCGUGCUGGAGACGGUGGAGGAAGAGGAGGAGAGGGAGGCCGAGGCGGAAAACGAGCGGUCCUCCAUUGGCCCCGUCUCCGAGGGGGACGAGGAGGAAGGGGAGGAGGUGGAGAGCGCCAGGGAGACGCCGUGGCAGAGGAGGACCAAGAAGACCGGCGGGCUCGCGAGCCUGCACGCCCUCGACGACGCCCUCCCCAUCAAGCGGGGGCUGUCGAGCUUCUUCUCCGGCAAGUCGCGGUCGUUCGCGAACCUGCAGGACGUGGCCGUGGCCGGUACCACCAGCAGCAAGGACGUGCUGGCCAAGCCGGAGAACCCCUUCAACAAGCGCCGCCGGAUCCUGCGGUGCUGCUCCAUCCGGCGGGUCUCCUCCACCUCGCUCACCGCGCUGCCGCCCUUCCUGCCGCCCGAGCCGUCCUUCAACAUCGGCAACGACGGCGUCAUCAACGGCGGCUCCGGCGGCGGCAGUGGCUGAUCAUCAACCGAUCCAGGGACGCCGUACGUGCACCGAUCAGAUAUCAGAUUGAUCGAAAAGGAAAAGAGACAUGCAUAUGCAUGCAAGUUGCAGGAGAAUUAGUAAUGGAAACAAACUACUAGGGAGGGAGAUCGACAAGAUGGAUGGAUGGAUCCUACUUUGUAGUACUCCGGGAUCCCACUCAUCCCAGCUCACAUCACCAAUGGCCGCCUAGAGCUUAGGUUUUUUCUUGAUUCUUUUACUAGCUGCUGGUAGUUGCAUUGACAUGCAAAGAGAGGGAGAGGGAGCACCGAACAUGGUGCAUGUGAUAUCCAUCCUAGCCUACAACAAGUUAUGCCAGUGUUCUGUCUCAUUGGAGAGAAGCCUGAUUAACCUUUUCAAUGCUAGUAUAGCACCAAGGUAUGCAUGCAGAUCAAGCAAGUAAAAGCCCCGAUUGAUCAUUGACAUGUGUGUUCUAAUCGAUCUCUAGGAUUUUCUUUUGCAGUGCAUUGCACAUAUGUAUUAUAGUACAACUAAUAAUUGAGAGUACUAACAGUUGCCAAGCACCAUA